CAUAUCGUGGCAAUUUGUUUCCUUACCAUAUUUACUCUUGGUUCUAAAAGCUUGAUAAAAUCAGACUUAUGUUGUUGUUGCAGCUGUAACAGAAAAUGAUGAUCUCCACCGGUCUAGGUUCCCACAGGCCGCUAUCAGGGCAAUUAUAUAAAUAUACUAACGUUGUAAAGGGCUGGCAGCAGCGUUGGUUCGCAGUUGAUCCAGAAACUGGAGUUCUAUCAUAUUACCUUUAUGAUGGCCCUGGAGACACCAUUCAGCCGGGACAGCCAGCAAGAGGAGAGGCACAAUUAGCUGCAGCAGUAAUAUGCCCCAGUGAUGAAGAUUCUCGAACAUUCACUAUUAACUGUGCAUCUGGAGAUAUGUUGAAAUUAAGGGCCACUGAUGCUCGGGCACGUCAGGAGUGGGUCAAUGGCUUAAGAGCCAUUGCUGAAAUACAUACUAAGGCAAUGGGAGCCAAUCCACCCUUGCAACCCAGAGAGCAGUUGGCAGUGCAUGAUGCUAUGGCUUCAGCAAGACAACAACUCCAAGCUACAGAACUAAGUGAUGCUGCACUAGCAAGAUGUAUAGAAUCAUCGGACUCUCCAUUCCCGCACACGGAUCCCGAUUUGUUACUCCUGAAGGGCGUGUUACGACAACUACUGCGACUACUACAAGUGUACCCGGCUCCUGGGCGAGGUGGACGACUGCAAACUGUUCAAGCGGUAUUUCGAAACAGUCUGUCCCAACGCUUGGAUCUCUCACUGGGACGAACUGCGGGACAAGGGUGCCUUUCCUGGACCCAUUUAACGACAUUCUUUUUUGAGAAUACAUAUAUUUUUUUUAUUUUUACUAUUUCAUUUUAUUUGACAUACCACACCUUUACUUCCACAUUCGUGAUGCAGGAUAUUUCCGUAUUUAUGUAUGUAUCUAUAGUCUUAUACAGGCAUAAGAGUACAGGUGGGAAAAUAUCUCUAUUGGGAUACCAUUAGAGAUAAUUUUUAACCUAAGCGAAGAUAGAUAGGUGAUCAAUGGUUGUAAUUUUUUUGGUCAAUGAAUUAA